AUGCAAAUCUACUCGCUUCGCUCCAAGAGGCUCAAAAACAAGGACUCGGUGGCCAGAGACAAUCUCGCCAACGAGCGCACCUUUUUGGCCUGGCUCAAAACGUCCAUCACUUGUGUAUCUAUAGGAAUAGCCUUGGCCCAAUUGCUACGAUUUACUGAGAAAGAGUGCAAAAUAAGCAUUGGCUCGUAUACUGUGAUUAUAGACUACGGGGAUGACACCGCAUUGAGGUUGGGGAAGCCAACAUGCUAA